UAUAACCUGAACUUGCUGCAGCUGGGUGGAUCUGUAUUUUUGACCACUCCCAACCGCACCCUGUUCUCCUGGCUAGGUGGGAUCGUGAUGGCAGAGAAUGUGUUGAACAUCGUGCCCAAGGGAACUCACAACUACUCCAAGUUCAUCAAGCCUGCUGAGCUGUCAGCUCUACUUGAGAAAUACGGGUGCAGCGUCCAGCUGGUCAAUGGGAUGUUUUACGAUCCCGUGAGAAACCGAUGGAUGUGGUCCCCUACCAAGGCCUUCAUCUACGCCAUCCAUGCUAUCAAGAUCAAAGAUCUCAAUAGAUAGAUGUUUUAACUAAAUUUGUAAAUAAAUCAUAAAGUUAUAGUUGUUGCAAUAAACAAAUUAUUUUUA